CAGUGGUAAACUAAAUAAAACAGUAAUAUACUUCAGUGAUAAAGUAAAUAAAACAGUAAUAAAAUUGUUAAUUAAUGUUUGACUUUUGUGUUUCUCUGGAGGGAUUUUCAAGCUAUGGUGUUUUAUGAAUGAGGAGUUAAAACAUCCCAGCUUGAGGGAAAGAAUUCCUUCAUUUCUUGAAUUCACAAAGAGUUAGUAUAACAAACUUUUGAUAGCUCACGAGUGCAUGGGUAAAGCUGGCCAAUGCAAAGAGUACCUGCAGGAAAAUACAAUCUUUUUCAUCAUUUCCCUAGGCAUAAAUCUUCUUCUAAAAUACUACUUUCUAAGGUACAGGUGGAUUGCAGGCAUUCUGUAUAUCAUCUUAUUACUGGCAACUUUUCAUGCGUGGGGAUUUAUGAGCUGGCAGGUGAUGAUAUGCAGUUUUGCCCCCGUAUCCCUUUCCCACAUUUCAUCAUGAAGCCCUUAAUUUUGUAAUUAUGUCCCAGAUGCAGAGUGUACUUUGUGACACCCCUCCCAAGCGGGCAGAUGUUCCUAAGCAGAUCUCUCUGUCGUGAAGGAACCUCCCUUGGGUUUAGCACUGUCAGGCUGCAUUAAGAGGAGAUAUAAAAGGUAAGAAGCAGAUGUGUAGUGCUAUUUCUGUUUGACACGCUGUCCCUCUAUCCAAUGUUUUCUACUGGUACAGCAACACUCGGCCAACAGGCUAAUGAAUGGAGCCUGCAGAACAAAUCGUUAACCUGUAACCUCACCCAGUCUGCAUGCAGUCUAUUAAGUCUGUACUCCUAUGAUUCACGCUCUUGUGUUCACUGCUGCCGCUGCAUUUGUUGUUUGGCUUUAUUUUGCUCCCAGUAUUACAUAGUGGCCUCAGGACCAAAACACCAAGUGUAUAUAAAGGAGCCCCGCUUCCUCUCCGUGCCAGCUCUCGGGCUUUGCCAUCCCAGAUAACUGCAGGCAUGGGACUCCCCUGAGGAAUGGGAUGGGAAGGCGGGAGGUGGAGAGAGGCUUCCAGGUGACUUUUCCCUCUCUGGCUGCACUCGGUCACGGAGCUCUAAGAGACUGAGGAAGAGCCAGCUGCCUCCCACGGUGGCUGCCGCCGCCGCCGCCGGUCUUCUCCGGGCUGUAGCUCCGCUCGGUUCCCCGUUAAUCAGAUUAGCGCGUCUUCGCAGCCUCCCUCACCCGCGCUUCCCUCGCAAGUGCCUGUCUCCCCUGAGAGGUGUCUCUCAUUUCUGCCUCUCUCUCCUCCCCUUUCCACUGAUCGCCGUGCAAUUCUCGUCAGCUCUGGCCAUCUCCCCCCUCUCUCCUUCUCCCUUCCCUGCUCGGUGUCUCUACCUCCUCUCGGCUCUGUGCCUCUCCCCAUCCACCCUCCCUCCCGCUCUCCCUGCGCUGCCGUGUGCGCACAUCUCUCUCCUCCCGGCGGCUACCACCCCUCGCCCUACAGGCGCAGCGCUGCCCGGAGGAACCACCGCCGCCGCCGCCGCUGCCGGGAGCGGGGCCGCCCCGCGCCGCCGCCGCCGCCGCCCGGCCCUGCCUGGCCGCCGUGAGUCCCGCCUCAGCCCGCGGCCGUCCCCCGCCCGCCGCGGCACCAUGUCCGGCUCCGGCAGGAAAGACUUCGACGUGAAGCACAUCCUGCGCCUCCGCUGGAAACUGUUCAGCCACCCCUCGCCGGCGGGCGGCCCGGCGGGGGGCGGCUGCCUGCCGCCCGACAGCAGCUUCGAGCACUGGGGGCCCAGCCAGAGCCGCCUGCUGAAGAGCCAGGAGAGAGGCAACAGCGCCUUCUGGAAGAAAUCCGCCUCCCCCGCCUCCUCCUCGGCGGCCACCACGGCCGGCCCGCCCAACGGGACGCUGCUGCCCGCCGGCGGCCGCCCGGCCGGGGGGCACGGGCCGGGGCACGGCCACGGGCCGGGGCCACCGCCGCCGCCCCGCACCGUCUUCUACGUGGAGUCCCUGGAGGAGGAGGAGGAGGAGGAGGAGGCGGAGGCGGCGCCCGGCGGGAUGGAGGUGGCCCGGGAGCCCGAGAAGCCCCUGGCGCCGCCGGAGCGGGAGGAGGCGCCGGGGGGCUGCGCGGAUGGAGGCAGCCGGGCAACAGGUGACGGAGGCGGGCACAGACUGUCAGGAGCCAGCCACCCCUUGCCACCCCACUGCGACAUGGAUUCGUGUAGCUCUGAGGAAUUCUACCAGGCUGUUCACCAUGCAGAGCAAACCUUCAGGAAGAUGGAGACCUACCUGAAGCAACAGCAGCUCUGUGACGUUAUCCUCAUUGCUGGGAAUCGCAAGAUACCUGCACAUAGACUUGUCCUCAGUUCUGUCUCUGACUAUUUUGCUGCCAUGUUUACAAGUGAUGUUUGUGAAGCCAAGCAAGAAGAGAUCAAAAUGGAAGGCAUAGACCCCAAUGCACUGUGGGAUCUUGUUCAGUUUGCAUAUACAGGCUGCCUGGAAUUGAAAGAAGACACCAUUGAAAAUCUUCUAGCAGCUGCCUGCCUCCUCCAGCUCCCACAAGUAGUAGAGGUUUGCUGCCAUUUUCUAAUGAAGCUUUUGCACCCAUCCAACUGUCUGGGAAUACGAGCAUUUGCUGAUGCACAAGGAUGCACAGAGCUUAUGAAGGUGGCUCACAACUACACCAUGGAGAAUAUAAUGGAAGUUAUAAGAAAUCAAGAAUUUUUACUUCUACCAGCUGAAGAGCUCCAUAAACUUCUUGCUAGUGAUGAUGUGAAUGUUCCUGAUGAAGAGACCAUUUUCCAUGCCUUAAUGAUGUGGGUGAAGUAUGAUAUGCAGACACGAUGCAAUGACCUAAGUAUGCUGCUUGCUUAUAUCAGAUUACCACUGCUUCCACCUCAGAUAUUGGCUGACCUAGAAAACCAUGUGCUUUUUAAGGAUGACCUAGAAUGCCAGAAGCUUAUUCUGGAAGCCAUGAAAUACCAUCUUUUACCAGAGAGAAGAACUCUCAUGCAAAGUCCAAGAACUAAACCUAGGAAAUCUACAGUUGGGACACUUUAUGCUGUUGGAGGAAUGGAUAACAACAAAGGUGCUACAACUAUUGAAAAGUAUGAUCUCAGAACAAAUAUAUGGAUUCAGGCUGGAGUGAUGAAUGGCAGGAGGCUUCAGUUUGGUGUUGCUGUCAUCGAUGACAAGCUGUUUGUCAUUGGAGGCCGGGAUGGUUUAAAGACAUUAAACACUGUCGAAUGUUACAAUCCAAAGACCAAGGCUUGGACUGUGUUACCACCAAUGUCAACACAUAGGCAUGGCUUAGGAGUUACAGUGCUUGAAGGGCCUAUUUAUGCAGUGGGAGGACAUGAUGGUUGGAGUUAUUUGAAUACAGUUGAGAGGUGGGACCCUCAAAGUCAGCAGUGGACAUUUGUGGCAAGUAUGUCAAUUGCCAGAAGCACUGUUGGAGUAGCAGCAUUAAAUGGCAAGUUGUAUUCAGUUGGAGGUCGGGAUGGAAGUUCGUGUUUGAGUUCAAUGGAAUAUUAUGAUCCUCACACAAAUAAAUGGAAUAUGUGUGCUCCUAUGUGUAAGAGAAGAGGAGGUGUAGGAGUGGCUACGUGUGAUGGCUUUCUUUAUGCAGUUGGAGGGCAUGAUGCUCCUGCUUCUAACCAUUGUUCCCGACUGCUGGACUAUGUAGAAAGGUAUGAUCCAAAAACUGAUACAUGGACAAUGGUGGCUCCACUGAGUAUGCCUCGAGACGCUGUUGGUGUCUGUCUCCUUGGUGACAAAUUAUAUGCAGUAGGGGGCUAUGAUGGUCAAACAUAUUUGAACACUAUGGAAGCAUAUGACCCUCAAACUAAUGAAUGGACACAGAUGGCUUCCCUAAAUAUUGGAAGAGCUGGUGCCUGUGUUGUAGUCAUCAAACAACCAUGACUUUGUCAGCACUGCUUAGGAUUUUACUGACUGUGAAAUUAUUAUUUUUCUAUCAGACAACGAAAAUAAUAACUACAUGAGAACAAGGAUUUACACAGUGAAUACUCUGUUGAUCACAGACCUGAAGAAGUUUGGAAGUGGGAAAGAUUAAGUAUUUAUGCCCUAUAAAAUCAUAAAAACUGUUCACAGUCAGUGAACAAGAAAAAAAAUCAGGCUGUUGUAGGCGUAAAAGUCUGAACGUGUUCUCAUGUUCAGGUACUGUUCUCAUGAAUGUGUCCUGGACAACUGGAUAAUCAAGGGACAGCUGUACACAAGGAGCAGGAGGGAAUACGAGAAGAGUUUUCAUGGCCAAAAGAGUUUUAACUGCAGAAACAUUAAAGUACAUUUAAUCACUUUUAAACUGUGUUUUUUAAAAGAGGAAAGUAGAUAGUAAUGUAAGAUUUUUCUCUUCGGGUCUUGUCUUCAAAUGGGUUGUGGCUUCUCAUUUAAACAGGCAGUUUGGUUCUUACUGAAGGAAAGAGGUAGAAAAGUCUGGAUAUUCAAGUUUCAUUCAUAAUGACUGAACUGUUGCUCUACAGUAGGAAGAAAAACAAAACUAGAAGUAAACCUCCAAGAUGAGGUUUUUUUCUGAUUUCAGAUUAUACCUCCUUGCCAGUGUUAACGCAUCUUAUAAGCAAGUUUAUUGAAGGGAAAGCCUGUGUGUUUGAUCUAAUUACACACAAAGCAAUUCUUUGGCUGCACUGGGGCUUUGUUGCAAAUAUGGGAGUCAAAAGAACAGUUUCCCAGUUCUUUCUUAAACUUACAUUCAAUUUAAGCAUGUGGGCUCUGAUGUCAUUGUUUAGUGUAUCUUCUGCAUGUUGGAAGCUCAUGAAAAGCUGGCAAAUUUAUACUGUUCCUUCACUGCAUCAUGUAACAGAUGAACCAUGACCAGAACAGUCUACAGAGCCUCUGCUAACAUUUCAAGAGGAUAAAAAUACUAUAUUUUAUUUCUUUCUGAUGCUCAUACAUACACAUCUUUGCCUGAUUAGAGCUGCCAAUUUAUGACUUUCGACUUAUGACUGAGAACAAACUGCAAGUAGGGAAUUCAGUCAGAAUAAAUGCAGGUGAAUUAAGGAAAAUUAGACCAUUUGAUGUAAUAAAGUUCAUAUGGCAAAUACACUAGUGUCAUCUGUGCUUCCCUUUAGGGUUGAUAAUUUCUGGCAGUAAUGAUACUUUGAGAUUUUGCCUUGGAAGUAGAUUUGACGUUGAUGCUUUGUAUCUGCUCAGCUGAAUCAGUUAGAAUCCUAGGGGCACUUAGGAAUGGAAUAUUCAGGGAUGCACAGGCUCUGGGAACAGGACUACCAAGUAUACCUCUUCUUUAAAGCCUUGCUGAUCCUUUAGGAAACAUGUCAUGGUCCAAAAGCAGGAACCUCACAGUCUUCUGUCACUAGCAAUUUUGAGAAGGAAUUCUGGUUGUAGUUAAAAGAAUUUUCCUAGUGGAAACCUUUGAAACCAUUUGAGAUGAAAAAAUACAUGCAGCCUCCCACUUGGGACAUUUGAUUUGAAGAUGUGUCUUUCCUUCUAAUAGCAUCAGCAUGCAUGGAAAUCUUUGUUUCCUAACACAAACUGAACUUCACUUCUGAAGCCUAAUUAUACUGGUUUAAAUCUUUUAAAUGCUUCUCUGUCCUAAUUAGAAAUCAGCUGCAAAAUCUUCAAUAUUGGUUUUCCACAGUCAGUUGGCUUUUGAAUUGCAAUUAGCCUUCCACAGACAAGCAUGUCCAUUUUCCCCAACUGUAACAACUUGUUGAAUAAAAGAUGUUACCUCACUACAAAUUUUGCUUCACAUAAACAUAAGCUUCUGAGACCAAACCAAGAAGAUUCUAGAAUUAUAAUUGCAAUUAAAUAGAGACAUUAGCAUUCAGUUCUCCUACACAGAUACCUAAUGAACUUAGAAAUUGAAUUCUAAUUCCAUUCCCAGAACUGCCUUUUGAUUACAUUAUAUUCAUACACAGUAGAGAUAUGAUUACUCUACCCAUAUACUGACCUUCAAAAUAGGAUUACUUCUAUUAAUUGCUGUCCCUGGUAGAUUUGUUUUCUGUGCCUUGAUCAUUUUUAUCCCCAAUUUAUCCUCAAUUUUAUUUUUUAUUCUCAAUUUCUUUUUUACAGAUUUUCAAUUUGCCUUAAUUUAUCCAAAAUGAAACAUUAUUCUCAUGUGAAAUUUUUCAGACUACUCCUCUUAUGCUGAAAAAAUAAAAUUAUUGAUUUGUUUUAUUUAGAUUAUGUAAAAUCUAGCCACAGUAAGAGCCAAAUUUGGCUUUCAGAUUCUUUUUAUACACCUACAUCAAUAUGUUCUGGAGUUUCUUCUAAACAGAAUUUAGGAAGAAUUUUUUUAAUAGAUUUUAAGUUUUUCUUACCAUUCUGUUUACUCUGCUCUUAUUAAAAACAAUAAUAGUUUUACCUUUGACUUAAAUCAAAAUAGUAUAUAGUCUUAAUCUUGGUUUCUGUGAUCCAUUAAGAUCCUUUUUUUAUGUAUAAGAGUUAAAAUUGCUUCUGAUAGGCUGAGUUGUGCUAAACAAUAUUACAUUUACAGGAAAAGCAGCUGUCUUUUGAAAAAACAGAUUACCUCAUCGUUUUUAAUCUAGCAUGGUACCUUUUCUCUCAUAUAAUCCCUUUGAUUCCACAGUGUGAAAACCAUAGUGGAAUCAGAUCUGCAAAAAAUAUUAAUUUCAGUGAAAUUAAUAAUUAAAUUACUCAAAAUGCUGCUUGUAAAUUUUAUAGUUUAAUAUUCUAAGACUGUUCUAAAAUGUUAGCAUUUUCUCUAUCUUUCCAAUUCUUUUUUAUUCAUUGUAGCACUUCUCUUUCCCAGAAUGUCAACCACUUUUACUAGAAAGUCCUUUUUUCACAUUAGCCUGUAUUUAUACAUGGGCAUUAUACCUAUUUUUUUCCUAUUGUUGCCCAUCCUUAUAUAUGAACAUCUUUUGUAUUAAUCAAACAUAAGUAAAAGUAAUUAAAAUUAAGGUCCUCUGGGGUAAUUAAAAUUGAGGUCCUCUGGGACUAUUGAGAAGCCUUGCAUUUCUCUGUUCUAUGUGUCAAAAAGUCCUUUUCUUUUGUGUUAUUGUUUAUUAGAGAUUUUAUUAAUUUCCUUCUUGCUGCUACUGGUUUUGAGAUAGGAGGAGGGUCAAGGACAUGAGUGCUAGAAAAGCUAUUUUUAAAUGGAUGAGUCUAUACAGAUUUUUAUAUGAAGAUAGAGAAAACAAUACUGGCAGAAAGUGGUCAUUCUUGUGCCUGAGGAUUUAUAUUCAGAAGCUUGGAUGGACAAAAUGAAAUCAAGUCUAUGCUCUUCAGUUUCCCUACCCAAUUCUUUUCAAAUCCAUUGGGACAUUAUAGAUCAGUGACAGCCAAUCAUGAUGCAGGAUUUUCUUUUCUCUUUCUCUUUUCAUUGAUUAUUUCUCUAGUGAGGAUAAAACAUUCGCUGCUAAAAAAAAGAAAAAAAGGAAAAAGUGCAAAAGACGAUACUUAUCUUUGAAGUGCUUAUAGAAGCAAUACCUAAAAGACAAAAUAAGUGUGUUCCCCAGAAGAGGGAAUAAACUCAUCAGUGUUAUAGCUGUGGCAGUGCUGUUAAUGUUUUUUAAUAUAUUAAAGAAGCCAUAGAAGAAAUUACAUUUUUGUAGGGUUCUGAUUGGUUAAGUAAAAAAAAUCAAGAAAAAUAACAUUAUGUCUCUUUUUUUUUUUUAAAUGACUUAGUCUUCCUUAUUUAAUUCCUUUCAAAAUGCUAGAUAGUUAAACUCCAAGAAUAUAAUUUUCUAGACAACUUUAGAAUCUUUAUAAAUAUGGAAUAAUUCAAGUUGAACUCAAUGGAAAAACUGAUCAAGCAAAAUAGGUAAAUCUUCUCCUAUGACUCUGAGGAUGCCAUUUUUAAUUUGUUUCUACCAAUAUAAUAAUGUUAAAAAAUCCAUUUUGCAAAAGAAAGACUAAUCAUUUGAUCUUCCAUCGUUUAUGGAACUGUUGGUUACCUUGCAUUUUUGGACCUUUGCUUUAAGUUAUUUUUUACAUUUACAUUUUUAUUAUUGACAGUGAGGGAUGCUAGAAAUAUAAUCAGUAAAGAUCUAUAUAGAAAAAUGUAAUUUAAUAAUCAUUAUUUAGUAGAGCUCUUUAUUAUUGCCAUUUUGUGGUCCAAUUUUAUUGAAAAUUUUUGCAUUGAUAUCAAAGCCACAAAUAAGGCAAUAAAAAGAUCUGAAGGUAAGAAUAUUGUUACUUUGGCUUUAAUUAUAAUUGAUCAAUACAUAUUUGUAUAUGUGUUCUUGCAAUCAAAAUACUAAUAUUGCUUAAAAGCAAAAGUAAGUUUUUAAAGAUUCUUUUGCAUAUAGAACAGACUUUUAAUCAUAUGAAACUGGUCAAAUUAUUAAGACAAUUUAAGGAUGCUUUCAGGGAGUUACCUGUCUCAUAAUAUUGUUCUGUUAAGCUAACAUUAAUUGACUUAAGGGAACCAUUUUGGCAUAGACAAGAGAUUAUUUCCUUGAGUAUCAUUCUCUUCUACAGAAAACUGCCAUCAGUUGACCAUUAUUUAAAAAGUACUCAUGUUAAAAUGUAUCUAGAAAGCUCUGUGUAUUAUUCAGAUUGUUUUAUAUGUUUAGAAGGCCCAAAUAAAUUCCUUUGAAUAUAUUUGUCAAUGACUUAAACUCUUUCCAAUUACUUCAAUAAAAAUAACUCACAAAUAAGCUUGAAGUUACGCAAGUUUUAAUGGCUCAGACCUUCAUGUCCAUGAGCAAACACCAGAAACACUGUGCAUUGUGAUUAUGAAUGAAAUACCAGUUUUCCACAAGAGAAUGCACACUCUAGAAGUCUUUCCUUAUUACUGUGCUGACAGUGGACUGGGCAUAACAAAAUGUACCCUGAUAUCUAUGACUUUGUAUUAGUUAUUUCAUGAGGAAUAAAUAAAGACGACAUUUCUGCAAAGGCUUAAAAAAUGCCCUUGUAACUGUUAUCAAUAUAAAUUGCAUGAAUAAUUCUGUAAUAUUGUGGGAAGCUUAGACAUUUGACUAUGUGCAUAUAUGGAAUUUGAUGGUACAAAAACAAGUAUAAAACUAUUUACCUGUAUCAAAUUCACAGCCUGGAACAGGACAUGGUGCGCUUUUUUGCCAUUAGCAUCUCCCAUACAUACACCUGUGUUUAGUUUUAUAGGCUCACAAUCCAGCUGCCCAUUUGCUCUUUUUACAAUACUGCUUUCUCACUUUUCUCCCCUCCCCACCCCCAGUUUCUGUUUAUAUUGCAGAAGCUUUCUACCAUUAGGCACAUUUUCCCACAGAAUUGUUUCUGAUGAAAGCAGCAAAUAUAAUAGUACAUCAUACUGGUAACCAAUUCCUUAUCACUCUAUAUGCAAAAUGGAUGUGCAUGACAUAAUAAAGAAAGGUAUAUUUUUCUUUUCCAAAGUAAAACUUCUUUGAUAUGUCUUCAGUCUUUUAAGAUCUACACAUGGAAAAAAGAAAUGUAAACUUUCUAAAAACGUAAACAUUUUUAAUAGAGAGCUUCCAACUAUUCACAGAUUACUCCAAUGUUAAAAAAAUGUGUGUUUAGUCAUGCAUAAUUUAUCAUGAUCGCAGUGCUGGCAUCCAGAUCUUUAUAGAUGUUCAUGUUUGUGCACUUGUCUCAUUGUCUCCAGAUUUUUUCUAAUCCAAAGGACAUCUCCAGCUGAGUGAAUAAAAUAUCAAAUGCAAAAUUUACAACUCACAUUUGAAGCUUCUGUAUGGUAUGCACAAAUCAGAAAUCAAGAUCCCAGACUGCUCACAGACCAUGUUUCCAACCUUGGUAGAAGUUUGAUUCAAAGUUAGCAUUCCUACCAAAUAUAGCAUCCAGUGUAAUCGGUAUAAUAUUUAUCAAAAUAUCAGAAUAGAAAAUAUUCUGUGAAGGAUAAUACAGUAGAAUAACAGUAUCUCAGAAAUGUAAAAAGAAUAUUAGGGAAACAGAUUUUUGUUACUUGGAAGGAGACAUUCCCCAAGAGUACUAUAUCUUAUUCCCGACAGAAGCAGUUUGAUUUUAGGAAAAUAACUUUACAACCAAUCUACUGGCUCAUAAAUUGAAAUACUGUUUGAAAACAGUCAUUUCUUAUAUUCCUUCUUGUAAAAUAGGAACUUGACUUCAUACGUUCACCAUAAAAGAAGAAAAAUUGUUAUUUUUCCCACAGUAAUACUUAAAAUCUCAAUAUUGAAAAACAGCAAAUCAUAUAUAUCUUAGAAGUCAGUAGCUAGUUACAUACUUUAAAGUCUGAGAAUAUCAAGUUCUAGGACAUUUUUGCGUCUACCAUAGCAAGCAGAUGUGCAUAUACUAGGUAAUACAGGCUCACUGCCAACUCAGAAGAGAAUCUCAAUAUGUAAAAGUAACUUCAGAAAUAUUUCUGUUUAAAAAUAGAUUAUCCAUGCAAUAUAUCUGUUCUAACUUAUAUGACAAUGUAUAAAAUAUUCAGCAGAAUAAUUAUUCUUCAGCCUUAUUCUAAAUCCAGUGUAAAGCUGCUCAGAUUGGCAUAACCUUACAUUUCAUUACAAAUUCCCUCAUUAUAGUUCUGCUUCAUAGUACAUGGGGAUUAGGUACACUUGGGGCAGAGAGACUGCUCAAAAUCGUUAAAUCAGCAUAACUUUGAUUUCCACGUGCAGGACUGCAAUGCAACUGUUGGAAAUUAAACCAUAAAGAAAAUUAUUAGCAAAGGUAAGAAAUGCAGUGGCAGGGAACAAUACAGCCUGUAAUCACUGGCUAUCCACAGCUUCUCCCUGGGGAUCUAUGGAGCUGCCAAAUCCAUCACCCUCUAAGGGUUUGAAAAGCAGUCAAAGCUGAGGUAUAAGCAACUUACAUUUCUGUCACCCCAGAUUUUCCAUGAUGACAUGGUGCUUA